AUGACGCGUCCGUCGGUGCUGACCGCGUGCCUGGCGCUCGUCCUCGCCGCGUGCUCCCGCGGCUCAGCGGCGCGCGUCCGCCUGAACUCCAUCAGGACGGUGAUCCUGAGGGAGACGCACGCGCUGCCCGUGAACAGGAGCGCGUGGGAGCCGAGCGUGGACCUGACGCUGUAUCAGUGCAUGAGCGACCUGGAGUGCAGCGAGGGCAGCUACUGCCACGCCCCCUCCACAGGCCACGCCCCCUCCACAGGCCACGCCUCCCACCAGGCCCCGCCCACCGCCGCUGUCAGACCUGCCGCAGGAGGAAGAGGCGUUGCCAUAGGGACGGGAUAUAUCUGCGUCCACGACGAGGACAGCUUUGCGUCUCAGAGGAUCCCGGACUCAGACGGAGGGAUGAGUCCUCUGUCCAAGAAGAAAGGAUGGAGGAAGAGAGGGAGGAUGGAGGUCAAGGGCGUCUCCGGUAAAGGUCAGGUCGGCGACCCCUGCCUCCGCUCCCCCGACUGCUCCGACGGUUUGUGCUGCGCCCGUCACUUCUGGACUCGCAUCUGUAAGCCCGUGUUGCAGGAGGGACAGGUUUGCACGCGACACCGCCGCAAAGGGAACCACGGGCUGGAGCUGUUCCAGCGCUGCACGUGCGGCGACGGACUCAGCUGCCGAACGCUGCGAGAGCCCGGCGCUCGGCCUUCGUCUUCCUCGUCGCUGGCGGCGGCGGCGGCGUCGUCCUCGUCUCGCCACUCCUCCCCUCACACCUCGCCGCUGUCCUCGUCGUCGACAAAGCCCUCGUCUUCGGCGGCGAAGACGAGGCUUCAUGUGUGCCAGAAAAACUGA